AUGGCCGCCCACUACCGCAAAGUCGAGCUGCAAUCCGCAGCAGACUUUACCUACCUCUACGCCAACACAGUCGCGCUCUCCCGACGUAAACUAGACCUACACCUUCCCCCUUCGGCCGCCAACAAUGAACCCGAUCCAAUGCGCGAACGCGUCCGAGAGCUAGUCGACGAGUACAUAAACGAAACAUUCACAACAGCCUCAUCCUCGAUCAGCAUAAACGGGAUCGACUCCUCAUCCCCCCAAUUCCCAUUCCCGGCCUCCUUCACAGCCCCCGACGAGACAGUCGAGUAUGAAGCCUACGACGCGGACCUGGCGUCGCGCGUGACGGCUCUCUACGCGCAGCUGGAGUCCCUGACUACGAGUGUUGCGCAGUUACGGCGGGAGGCGCCGCGGAAGGCGGCGAGGGAGUAUGCGGCGCUGUUGAGGCGGACGCUUGAGGAGGAGGAGGAGGAGGAAAAGAGGGAGGAACAAGAACGAGGAGAUGAGGAAGAAGCGAUGGAUGAAUCGGAGGAUGUGACGAGUCAUGAUAAGGACAAGGAGGGCGCACAACAACCUACCUCUACCCAGACACGCGCGCAUCGCCAACGGCGAAAGCGACAUGAUCCGGCAUGGACGCUCCAGGUACCGCUGGGAACAGAGGAAGAGACAGAGCGCUGGCAGAGCGAGGAUAUGGCCGCUGCGUACGAUAACGCGCUGCGCAUGUUAUUGCGGCUACAGGGCGAGGAGGGAGGCCUUGACUCUUCUUCCAAGGCUGGAGCAGUCGAGGGCAAUGCGCUGGCUACGACGGUGGGCAAGGCCGAAAGGGCCGGACGGGCAGCAGAGGUGGUGGAGAAUCUGUGA